AUUUGAUAAUAAUUGAUGCUUAUCGUGUCUCCUCCCCUCGCCCUUGUGGUCAGUCGGGUUUAUGAGUCCUGGGCCAUAUAGUUCCAGACAGGACAGUGCGCAUGAGUAUUUAAAGGGACACAGACACAUUGAGUGAACAGUUGGAAAAGAGUUUGGUCUAUAUUUAUAUUGCGAUUUUUUCUUCUGUGAUUUUUUAAAACUUAAUAUCACUAAUCAUGGACCAAGACACCGAGAGAAACACAAUGACAGAGUUUUGGAAAGAACACUCCAAGUUUGCAACGGUAGAGGAGAUGAUGUUGGACUCUAACGCCCAGGAACUGACCCAACAUGAGGUGCCAGAGCUCCUGUCCAUGCUGCCCUGCCUGGCUGGUUCUGAUGUGCUGGAACUCGGUGCUGGAAUCGGGCGUUACACGUGUCACUUCAUUGGCAAGGCCCAUCAUGUGACAGCAGUGGACUUCAUGGAGAACUUUGUGGAAAAGAACAGACAGGACAACGGUCACCAUGGCAACGUCGAGUUCAUUCAAGCUGAUGUCAGAAAGCUGGACUUCCCAAAACACAGUUUUGACUUGGUCUUCUCUAAUUGGCUGUUAAUGUAUCUGAGUGAUCAGGAGCUUAGAUCAUUGGCUGAAAGGAUGCUCGGCUGGCUCCGCCCAGGCGGGUACCUGUUCUUCAGAGAGUCCUGCUUCCACCAAUCAGGCAACAUCAAGCGAGAUUUUAACCCCACUCACUACAGAACUCCCGCCCACUACAAUCACCUGAUGAUAUCAGUGGUCCUGGAUGAAUCAGAGAAGAUGGGAAAGAAAUGUUAUGGUUUUGACAUGGUGCUCAACAAAACGGUUCAGACGUACAUCAAGAUAAAGAAGAACCAGAACAAGUUGUGUUGGCUCAUGCAGAAAGCUCGUCGUAACGUGGUGGAGCAGCAUCAGGGCGGUUUCUCCACCUUCAUGCAGUUCCUGGACAACCAGCAGUACACACGCAGAGGAAUCUUACUCUAUGAGAAGAUGUUCGGCUCUGGAUACAUCAGCACAGGAGGACCCAGAACUACCAAGGAGUUUGUUGACAUGCUAAACCUGACCCCGGGACAGAAAGUUCUAGAUGUUGGCUGUGGAAUUGGAGAUUUCUACAUGGCCAAGACUUUUGCUGUUGAGGUUCUUGGGAUGGACCUGUCAUCAAACAUGGUGGAGAUUGCCAUGGAGAGAGUCGUCAAAGAGAAACUUCCAUUAGUGCAGUUUGAGGUGUCAGAUGCCACAAAGAGAAGGUUUCCUGAAGCCAUGUUUGAUGUGGUUUACAGCAGAGACACAUUUCUGCACAUAAGGGACAAACUUGACCUCUUCACAAAGUUUCAUUCAUGGCUGAAGCCGGGUGGGAAGCUUCUGAUCAGCGAUUAUUGUUGUGGAAAGAAGCCCUGGUCUCCAGCGUUUCAGGAGUAUGUGAAUCAGAGAGGAUAUAUACUCUAUACUCCACAGAGAUACGGACAGUUCUUAAGUGAAGUGGGAUUCACUAAUGUUAAAGCUCUGGACAGAACAGAACAGUUUAUUCAGGUCAUAAAGUCUGAACUACAGCAAGCCGAGGAGAUCAAAGAGGAGUUUAUACAGGAGUUCUCUAAAGAAGACUACGAUGCUAUCAUAAAUGGAUGGACAAAGAAACUACAGUGCUGUGGGACAGGAGACCAACGCUGGGGGCUGUUCUGCGCCACCAAAGACUGACUGAGAGAGAGAACAAUCCAAUCUAGCAAAUUAUCAAAUAAAAAUCACUUUAUUUCAGAUGCUACUGUUUAUUAAAUGUAUUAUAUGUUCUUUCAAAUUCUGUGAAUUGCGGGACAGUAUUGCACAAUUUCAGUAAAUCAGAGACAUGUGAUACAUUAUACAUUAAUAAACAAAAAUCCACUUUUU